GCAAUACAAAAAUUAAGCACUUCAAUAAAUAAUUUAUCUCGUUCGAUACGGGGGCAUCGCCAAUUAAUCCAGUUGUGAAUAAUUCGCGUACGAUGGAGGCUUUCCACAUUAUUUCCUUUAGUUUAUUAUUUAUUUCUCAAUCUCACGCUAAAUUAUAUGUAAGUGACUAUCCUGGUGGUUAUGCCUUCGACAGAGAGUUACAUGAAAGUGUUUUGGAUUCAGAACUGUGCAGACAACAAUUGAAUCAUAUACUGUUUAAUGAUACUGCAUUACUAUUACAAUUUUUUGAUGCUGGGCCCAGAAUACCAAAGGGUAUAUUGACUGGAAAUUUAAAAAGUUUGGGAAACUUUUACCAAUGCUUGAAAAUCAGUAGAUCUAUGGAUGAUACUAGGACAAUUGAAGGAAAGUAUUGCACAAUUAACGUUGGUCUAAAACAGAAUGCAAAUACUAUUUCUCUGCCACAAAUUGAUUGGUUGCCAGAGAGGACGAAAGAAUGGCAAAUUUUUGCUCAAACCCUUUUAUUAGAUGACCAAAGAAUUUUAAAAGAUUUAGAACAAAAACAUUCAAGUCUUAGAGAUUAUUUAGUUUUUGGACCUGACCUUAAAGGAUCAACAAGAAAUAAUCGUGAUUCCAGGCUUGGCGAUGCCGGUGCCCUAACUGGUUUACAGUUUACAUUGGGAAUAUGUAUACCAAAAGCCUGUACGGUAGAUGAAGCAGUUAACAGCAUUUUGAAUAUAAGCAGCGUUAUUCAGAUUAACAAGGAUUUAUGUCGUCUUCCAAACGACAAGAAUUGGGUUACUGCAGAUUAUGUUGCAAUAGCAAUUUUUUCAAUUCUUGGAUUCAUAAUUUUGGUCAGCACUUGUUACGAUGUACACCACAUAUUUUAUCUCAAGAAAAAUCCAAAACAAAUGCAUCCACUGCGAAUAUUCUCUGCGUAUAGUAAUAUGGCCAUAUUAUUAGACACUCCCGAUAAGCCAGGUAAAUUGGAAUGUCUAGAUGGAGUCAGGGCUAUGGCUAUGCUUUGGGUACUUCUUGGACAUACAUACUACAUUAUACCACCAGUAGGGGCUAAUCUUUUAGAUUUGCUUGAGUGGCAAGAAAAUGUAAAAGGUAUUUGGAUAACGGGGGCUCUUCAUACUGUAGACACAUUCUUUAUGCUCAGUGGUCUCCUACUAGUUUAUAUAAGUGUCGCCAAAUUUAAAAAUGGUGUGGCAUUACUCAAGAAUCUCCAUAUAUUUUACUUAAAUAGAUUAGUACGUAUGUUUCCAAUAUUAGCUACGGUGGUACUUUUUGAAGCUUCGUUGUAUAACAGAAUAUCAGAUGGUCCUUUUUGGGACUUGGCUGGAACUAAUGUCCACAGGUGUAGAGCAUUUUGGUGGUCGACGUUAUUGUAUGUACAGAACUUUGUUAAUCCACAAGAGGCGUGUCUGGGAGUAACGUGGUACUUAGCAAUUGACAUGCAACUGCAUAUAAUAUCUCCAUUAGUUUUAUAUUGGAUGUUAGGAACCGGCAAAAGAUCGUCUUGGUCAGCUCUUACAUUUGGCAUGAUCGUAUCUUUGACUAUAACAAUCUGCUAUAUUUUCUGCGCGGAUAUUACAGAUUAUUAUACUUAUUAUUAUGUGAAUGUUUUGACUCGAUCCCCACCGUUCUUCGUGGGAAUGAUAGUUGGAUACUUCUUGCGUGUUUAUAGGAAUAAGGAAUUCAAAAUGUCCGCGAUACUCAGUGCAAUCGUCACAAUAAUCGCUAUUGGAUUAACAUCCGUCGUUUUAUACUUGAACUUCUUGAAAUCUCUAUCCGACUGGGACCAUGAAGUUUUUGGCAAUUUGAUAGAUUCUUUUACUCGUUCUGUAUGGUGUGCGAGUUUAGGAUGGAUUAUUUUUGUAUGUGUUAAUGGAUAUGGAGGUCCCAUAAAUUACAUUCUGAGCAUGGGAAUUUGGAAGAUUCCUUCUAGAAUAUCUUAUGGAAUGUAUUUAGUACAUUUCUCUUUGAUGGUCGCAUAUUAUGCGUCUGCAGUUGAACCAGUUUACUUCAGUAUUGGUUCAGGGCUUUUCAGAUUCUGCGGUUUUCUCUUUAUAACCAUAGUACUAGCUAUUCUGAUCACUGCGCUUAUAGAUAUGCCAGUUUCUGCGAUUUUCAAAAUAAUAGUGGAAGGAGGCGGCAAGAAACCUCCAACAAAACCACAAGAACAAAUUAUACCUCAUAACGAAAUAGAUGAAAAACAUAUUAACAUAAAUGGAACAAGUAAUGAUGGUUUUGUGCCAGAUGACGCAGAAAAGGCGAAACCGGAAAAUAGUAAAUUUUGAAAGUUUCUAUUUGAAGAAAGAGGAAAAAAGAAGAGAAAUAAUAUUGCUGCAAUUUAAUUUAUUUAGAUAUUAUAGUUAAAACUAUAAAAAAGGAGGAAACCUUUGAUUGUACAAUAUUAAGAGCCGAUUUUUCAAUCCUUGGUUUUUUAUGCGUCCAAUAAAGUAUUACACGAAAAUAUUAAAAUGUCACCUGUAAACU